GGCAAGUCAGUGAUUUAAUGGCCGGGGAAUGCAUCACACUGGAGAACCCGUCCACAUACCCGGGCUUCCACUAUAAUUCCAAUGGGUUCGCGAGCGGCAAGUACUACCGCUCCGGCCAGCGGAUCUCCACCAAUCGCCUGGUCCUGCUCCUCCUGCUGUUGAGCAGCACGCUGAUCGUGCUCUAUGCCUAUUGGGAUGUGAUGGUGCUCACCGCCGGCACACUGCCCCUGGCCAGAGGCACUAGCUCCGUUGAUAGCAUGGAGUCCGGACUGGGCAACGAAAGCCUGGCCGAGAAGCUGUAUCGGGAGGUGAGGGUCCUGUGCUGGGUGCUCACCACACCCAAAUACCACAAGACCCGUGCCAUUCACAUCAUGCGAACCUGGGGCAAACGCUGCAAUAAGAUCUACUUCAUGACCUCGGAGCCGGACGACGAGCUGCCCACCGUGGUGCUGACCAAGCCGGACCGAUACGAGGUGCUGUGGGGCAAGACCAAGGAGGCCUUCGUCCACAUCCACGAGCAGAUGCGCAACGAGGCGGAUUGGUUCAUCAAGGCGGACGACGACACCUACCUCUUUUUGGAAAACCUGCGCUACAUGCUCUACCCGUAUUCUCCGGAGAUACCUAUUUAUUUUGGGUUCAAUUACAAGAUGGUUGGCACACACCAGAAGAACGAGUCGUACAUGUCCGGCGGCAGUGGCUACGUGCUGAGCCGCGAGGCUCUCAGGAUCUUCGCCGAGGGCCUAAACGACACCUCCAAGUGCCGCCAGGAGGACGAUCACGCCGAGGACGUCGAGAUGGGCAAGUGCCUGUUCAACCUGGGCGUGAAGGCGGGUGAUUCCCGGGACGAGCAGCUGCGCAACCGCUUCUAUCCCGUAGCUCCCUUUGGGGCCCUCCUCUCGGGCAACGUGGGCUUGGACUUCUGGUUGUACACGUACGCCUACUACAACGUGAGAUCGUGCAUGGACUGCCUGUCGGAGUACCCGGUGGCCUUCCACUACGUGAACAGCAAGCAGCUGUACGUGUACGAGUACUUCAACUACCAGUUCCAGCUCUCCGGAAGAGCGCCGGUGGUGGAGCGGCUGCCCAAGAAGAUCCGGGAGGAGGAGCUGGUCAUCCCCGAGAGCGACAAUCCGAUGUCCUAGGCAGGGGCCAGUCCUUCCGUCACUCCAGGAUCAGCAAUCUCUAGUUUUCCAUCUAUUUUCAGCCUUUUUUUUCCUGCGUGCUUAUCGUAUAUUUAAUAUAUUAUGGGUAUAAGGCGGACGUGCCAAGGCUGCCAGAUGCUGUCCUGCUGCGACUCCUCCUCCUUGCCCGACCCGAUCCACGUCCAAGUUUAUCUAUUCAUGCAUUUAUUAUUGAGCAGCUUGUGGCAGACGGACCACACGAUGGCAGCCAAAGGACAAUGGUGGCCAGCAGGGUGUACCUUCACUCUUUGUUCUCCAACGAGGACUUCAACAAUGCUGGUCCAGAAAAUCUUAUUGGUCGCCACUAUAUUGGUAUCAAAUUAAAACUUAAGUGUAAUGAAAAUAACUGCAAUCUCUAAUAAGUAUGUUGAAUGGUGAAAAUUAGAGUUGCCAGCUUAAAGCGUUGCAUUAAUGCAUUAAAUUAUUUGCUUU